UAGGUGUAACACAUGUGGGUGGUGACAUGUUCAAAUAUAUUCCCCAAGGUGAUGCUAUCUUCAUGAAGUGGGUGCUAACAACAUGGACAGAUGAGGAAUGCAAGCAAAUAAUGCAGAACUGUUACAAGGCACUACCUCAGGGAGGCAAACUAAUUGCUUGUGAGCCAGUGUUGCCAGAGCAUUCUGAUGACAGUCACAGAACAAGGGCAUUGCUUGAAGGUGACAUAUUUGUGAUGACAAUCUACAGAGCCAAGGGAAAGCACAGAACUGAAGAACAGUUCAAGAAACUAGGCAUUUCUUCAGGUUUCCCUCGUUUCAGAGCCUUUCAUGUCGACCAUUUCUACACUGUGCUUGAGUUUCAGAAAUGAAGACAAUUGCUCUGCUCUGUUUCCAGAGUUUUAUACACUUUUAAUUAUGUUGUUGUUGAUGGUAAUGUGAUAAUAUUUUUAAAGUCUACAUAAACCAUGAUAUUUGAACAUCAUUAUUUAUAUAUAGAUGGUGGGUGUAUGUGUGUGGCCUUGUGCAAGUUCAAAAACAGCUUCCAAUUGAACAUCAUUAUUACGUGCAGUCGAACAAACUUUUGAGAUAUUCUUGUAACAAUAGAAUGCUCAACUCAGAGCAGUUACAACCGCGAAGGAAACAUGU